ACACGUUUCUCGCUGGCCUCAACUCUAACCUACCAUGGCGGCCCGCAUACAGCAGUCUCCUCAGCCUGGCGGCGGGAAGCGUAAAGGCAAGGCUCAGUAUGUGCAGGCCAAGCGGGCUCGGCGCUGGGAUGGCGGUGGGCCCCGCCAGCUGGAGCCCGGGAUACAGGGCAUUCUCAUCACCUGUAACAUGAACGAGCGCAAGUGCGUGGAGGAGGCCUAUAGCCUGCUCAACGAAUACGGCGACGACAUGUAUGGACCUGAAAAGUUUGCAGACAAGGAUCAACAACCCUCUGGAAGUGAGGGAGAAGAUGAUGAUGUGGAAGCUGCCUUGAAGAAAGAAGUUGGUGACAUUAAGGCAUCCACAGAGAUGAGGCUAAGAAGAUUCCAGUCAGUGGAGAGUGGAGCCAAUAAUGUAGUCUUCAUCAGGACACUUGGAAUAGAACCUGAGAAAUUGGUGCAUCAUAUUCUCCAAGAUAUAUACAAAACCAAGAAGAAGAAGACUCGGGUUAUUCUACGAAUGUUGCCCAUCUCAGGCACAUGCAAGGCUUUCUUAGAAGAUAUGAAAAAAUAUGCAGAAACAUUUUUGGAACCAUGGUUUAAAGCUCCAAACAAAGGAACAUUUCAGAUUGUAUACAAAUCUCGGAAUAACAGUCAUAUGAAUAGAGAAGAAGUUAUCAAAGAGUUGGCAGGAAUAGUAGGCAGCCUCAAUUCAGAAAAUAAAGUGGAUCUUACCAAUCCACAGUACACAGUGGUAGUAGAAAUCAUUAAAGCUGUCUGUUGCCUGAGUGUUGUGAAAGAUUACAUGUUGUUCAGAAAAUACAAUCUCCAGGAGGUGGUGAAGAGUGCUAAGGACUUGUCACAGCUUAACCCAAAGCAGGUGGUACAAACAGGAAAUGGGAAAGAAGCUAAAUUGGAAUCUGGUGACAAAUCAAGUGAAAAUGACCCCGCAGAAGGAAAAAAUAACCAACAAGUGGUACCAGAGAACAGUGAGGAGCUGGGUCCAACAGAAUCAAUAUCUGAGACACAUCUGGUGAAUGAGGGGGUGGCUAAACCUGAACUUGCAAGUCAAGUCACAGAAGGAUCUGAAUCAAAUGAAAAUGAUCUCUGAAAGGAAAAGAAAUUGUUUGGUGUUGGAGGUGGAUUUUUCAACUGCAGUUUUGUGAGAUGUUCCUGGGAUUCCAUAUAAAAUUGUGACUAAAAAUACUGUUUUUGAUAUUGUGUUCUGCAUAAUUGUUUACUUAUAGUAGUGGAGCACCUCUGCUAAUAGUUUUGUUAGAGGUCUUUCAACCCUAUAUGGCAGUGUGCAGUAGGCCCACAUGCAUUUGGUUGGGUUAGAAGAGACUUUGGAUAAAUUGGUGAACACUGUUGCACAGAGCAGAGGGUGGCAGGGGAAUGAUGUUGGCCUCUCCCUCAUGAUUACCUUCCCCACCCUCCCCUUCUGCACU